AUGCUGGUGGGGGGUAUCCAGCAGCAGUGUAAAGCUAUGUCGUGGAUGUAUUAUCGGGCUGUGUCUGUGAUGAGUGAGAAACGUUCCCUGGAGGGGCAGGUGUACUCUGUGCCACUUAUCCAGCCGGAUGUGAGGCGGGAGGAGGCCAUACUGCAGAUAGCAGACGCAUUAGUUUACUUGGAGUCCAUAUCCACAGACAUUUUCCAAAGAGUGUCUGAGAGUGUGGAGAAGAACCGACAGCAGCUGCAGAGCGUCACGGACCGGAUCAGACUGGCUCAGGCUCGAGUGGACAAGAUCAAAGGCAGCAAGAAGGCCACCAAGGUCUUCUCCAGUGCCAAGUACCCAGCCCCGGACCGACUGCACGAUUACACCUCCAUUUUCAGAGGCGCCUCGGACCCCUCCUCACAGCAUCGCCCAAGACAUCGGAUUCAGUCUAAGAUCCGACCGUUUGAUGAGAAAGCCAUUCAGGAGAAACUCACGUAUUUCCCCGUCUGCGUGAACAACAAGAAGAGGUCUGAAGAUGAGACCGAGGAGGGCCUGGGCAGUCUCCCACGGAACAUCUCAUCCGUCAGCUCGCUCCUGCUCUUCAACACCACUGAGAACCUGUAUAAGAAGUAUGUGCUGCUGGACCCUCUGGCUGGCGCCGUGACCAAGACGCACACCGCCCUGGAGACCGAGAAGGAAGAGAAGCCCUUUGAUGCUCCGCUGUCCAUCACCAAGAGGGAGCAGCUGGAGCGCCAGGCUGCAGAGAGCUACUUCUACGUGCCGAACCUGGGACAGGUGCCAGAGCUGGUGGUGCCCAUGUACCUGCCCGACCUGCCAGGCAUCGCGGACGACCUGUCCUACAGUGCGGAUCUGGGGCCGGGCUUUGCUCCAUCUGGGAACACCCACCACAUCCCAGAGCUGCCCUCCUUCUCCGUGGACACCAACCUGCCCGAUUUCCAGCUGCAGCCAAGUGUUCUUGCACCUCCUCCUCCUCCUCCUCCGCCUCCCCCUCCUCCUGAGCCUGCCUUAUCCCCUGCGGUCACCGCUGGAGCUCCUGCCCCGCCCCCCCCACCACCUCCUCCGCCCCCCCCACCUGCAAACACACCCCCAGGAGCACCAGGCCCCAACUCUACAGGCCCAGUCUCUGGGGCCCCCUCUGAGGUGGUGCAGCCUUCCGACGGCCGGGCCAGUUUGCUGGAGUCCAUCCGCAAUGCUGGGGGCAUUGGGAAGGCCAAACUACGUGAUGUCAAGGAGCGCAAGAUGGAGAAGAAGAAGCAGAAAGAACAGGAGCAAGCAGUGGGGUCAGCCAUGACCGGUGGAGACUUCAUGUCAGAUCUCUUCAACAAGCUGGCCAUGCGCAGGAAAGGCAUUUCUGGGAAGGGUCCUGGUGGGGGAGAAGCAGGUGACGCACCCGGUGGUAGCGCAGGUGCGUUUGCCCGGAUGUCUGACGUGAUCCCCCCGCCCCCAGCUCCUCACGCCUCUGCUGGGGAAGAGGACGACUGGGAGGCAUAG